GCUGACAUCGAGCAGCUGGACCCCCGAGGACGCACUCCCCUGCACCUGGCCACCACGCUGGGCCACCUGGAGUGUGCCAGGGUGCUGCUGAAGCAUGGCGCCGACGUGGGCAAGGAGAACCGCAGUGGAUGGACAGUCCUGCAGGAGGCUGUGAGCACCCGUGACCUGGAGCUGGUGCAGCUGGUGCUGCGCUACCGCGACUACCAGAGAGCCAUCAAGCGCCUGGCGGGGAUCCCGGUGCUGCUGGAGAAGCUGCGCAAGGCCCAGGACUUCUACGUGGAGAUGAAGUGGGAGUUCACCAGCUGGGUGCCCCUGGUGUCCAAGAUCUGCCCCAGCGACACCUACAAGGUGUGGAAGAGUGGCCAGAACCUGCGGGUGGACACCACGCUGCUGGGCUUCGACCACAUGACCUGGCAGCGGGGCAACCGCAGCUUCGUCUUUCGGGGACAAGACAGCAGUGCGGUGGUGAUGGAGAUUGACCACGACAGGCGGGUGGUCUACUCAGAGACGCUGGCUCUGGCCGGCCACGACCAGGAGGUGCUGCUGGCUGCUGUGCAGCCCACCGAGGAGCAGGUGAUGGGGCGGCUCACGGCCCCCGUCGUCACCACCCAGCUCGACACCAAGAACAUCGCCUUCGAGAGGAACAAAUCCGGGAUCCUGGGCUGGAGGAGCGAGAAGACGGAAAUGGUGAAUGGGUAUGAGGCGAAGGUCUAUGGCGCUUCCAACGUGGAGCUGAUCACACGGACACGGACCGAGCACCUCUCAGACCAGCACAAGGGCAAGAGCAAAGGCUGUAAGACCCCCCUGCAAUCCUUCCUGGGCAUCGCUGAGCAGCACGUGGGGCCCAACAAUGGGACGCUGAUCACGCAGACACUGAGCCACGCCAACCCCACUGCCAUCACCCCCGAGGAGUACUUCAACCCCAACUUCGAGCUGGGCAACCGGGACAUGGGGCGGCCCAUGGAGCUCACCACCAAGACACAGAAGUUCAAGGCGAAGCUGUGGCUGUGUGAGGACCACCCGCUGUCCCUGUGUGAGCAGGUUGCCCCCAUCAUCGACCUCAUGGCAAUAAGCAAUGCGCUCUUCGCCAAACUGCGGGACUUCAUCACCCUGCGCCUCCCGCCCGGCUUCCCCGUCAAGAUUGAAAUCCCCAUCUUCCAUAUCCUCAACGCCCGAAUAACCUUCGGCAACCUCAACGGUUGUGACGAGCCAGUGAGCUCCCUGCGGCACAGCCCCAGCAGCGAGGCGCCCUCGCCCAGCAGCGACUCCUCCAGCGUCAGCAGCUCCAGCUCCCUCACCUCGUGCCGAGCGUGCGAGAUGGACCCGGCGCUGUUCGAGGUGCCGCGGGGGUACAGCGUGGUGGGCACCCACCAGGACGCCCUGCGGGAGGACGAGGAUGACCUGCUGCAGUUUGCCAUCCAGCAGAGCCUGCUGGAAGCGGGCAGCGAGUACGACCAGGUGACCAUUUGGGAAGCACUGACCAACAGCAAGCCGGGCACCCACCCCAUGUCGCACGAGGGCCGCCGGGGAGACAGGUUGGUAAGGUCUGGCCACCCCCCUGGGAGGGAAUGGGUGUGGGGGUGCCCAGCCACG